AUGAGCAUCCCGGAGAAAGAGAUAGCCCACGAGUCAAAAUCGGGCGACACUUCUCCAUCGCGACCGCAUUCAGAUGUCGAGAUUGGUACCGUCGAGGAGCCAUCCAACAACGGCGAUGAGGCGCUCAAAUUUCUCAAGAAUGCACACAAUGUCGGUGCUCUUACGCCAGAGGAUGAGCGAAGACUGUAUCUGGACAAGACACUAGUGAAUUACGCGGCUGUGAUGGGUCUCUACGAGGACGCGAACAUCAACACGGCACAAUUCUCCAACCUCGCUCUCUUCUUUUACGUAUCUUACCUCGCGCUCGAGUUCCCUCAUGGCUACGGCAUGCAGCGUCUGCCUACUGCAAAGUACCUCGGUGCAGCCGUCAUCCUCUGGGGUCUCGUCACGGCACUCACAUGUGUGUGCAAGAACUACGGCGCUCUAGUCGCUACACGCGUCCUGUUAGGUUGCUUCGAGUCGGCCGUCGCGCCCAGCUUGAUCCUGAUAACUUCGAUGUGGUAUAAGAAGAAAGAACAACCGCUGCGAACCGGUAUCUGGUAUCUGGGAGUCGGAACUGGAACAAUUAUUGGAAGUCUGAUCAGUUUCGGGUUUCAGCACUACGAAAGUGACACUUUUACUAGCUGGCAGAUCAUGUUCUUGGUCGUGGGUCUAGUUACUGUCUCAGUCGGUAUAACUGUGGUGUUGCUUCUUCCCGACAACCCGAUGUCUUCUCGCCUAACCCCAGCAGAGAAGGUAUGGGCAAUCGAACGUCUACGCGAGAACCAGACUGGCAUCGAGAACACGCAUUUCAAAUUUCACCAAGUGCUUGACUGCUUCAAAGAUCCGCAGACGUGGAUGUUAUCGAUCAUCACCAUAUCAUCCAAUGUACCCAAUGGUGCAGUGUCUUCCUACCAGGCCACGCUCAUCAAGUCAUUUGGCUUCAGCUCUAAGACUACAGCUUUGCUACAGCUACCUUCGGGCGCCGUCAGCGUCAUCUCAAUCCUCAUCGCUACAUAUCUCGCCGGCCGUUUCAACCAACGCGCACUGAACGUCGUCUCCUUGCUCAUACCUGGAGCACUGGGAGGCUGCCUCAUGGCUUUCCUCCCCGGCGAAUCCAGAGUGGGAAAGCUCAUCGGGAACUAUCUUACCAACUGCAUUGGCUCCAGCUUACCACUCCUGUACUCCUGGGUGUCUGCGAACAUUGCCGGUCACACGAAGAAAGUAACCAUGAACGCUAUUUUGCUCAUGUCUUUCUGUUUGGGAAACAUCAUCGGACCUUUGACAUUCCGCCAGGGCGAUGGGCCUGAUUUCAUACCAGCCAAGGUCACCAUCGUAGUGACUUGCGCAUUCGCGGCUGCUAUGGCGCUCGUGUUGAGAGCCUACUACAUGUGGGAGAACAAGAAGAGGGAUCGAGAGGAUGAUGGGACGCAUCUUGAGAAUGAAGAGUUCCUUGAUUUGACGGAUCGCGAAAACAGGCGGUUUAGGUAUAGGUUGUGA